AUUGAAUUGAACUGGGGAAUGGCGUGUGGACGUACCCCAAUUUGUCCAGAGCCAUAUAUUUAAUUGAAUUAAAUUGAAUUAACGUUGUAUUGUACGCUCGCAAAAUUUUUUCGGAGAUUGAGAGAAAAUAAAAAUUCGAGUCAAUUUGAAAACAAAGAAGACGGAAAUUUGAGCAAAACAACGGCAUCGUGAUCUAAACUAAAACGGAUAUCCUGAUCGAAAAAGGGGCAGUGAGAUUGACAGUGCAGGGAAAAAACAUUUCUGUGACUUUGUUUUCUUGUAAGUUCUCGGUUCCUGACGACCAAAAUAUCGCUGGUGAUGCUGUCAGUGGAUAAUGAAAGCUCCCAUAGCAACGAAGUAUGCUUGGAAAAUACCAAAGAAUCAGGAACUGAUCAGGAUUAUCCAGAAUUACCUGCAUCCUCCAUACAUGGACCUAAGGAAUGGACAUAUACAAUGAGGAGACAAAUGCAGGAAGUGAUACCUGGCUUAUUUCUUGGUCCAUACAGUGCUGCCAGUCGUUCCAAAUUGGACAGCCUAUUAGAACAUGGAAUAACUCACAUAGUCUGUGUCAGGCAAGACAUAGAGGCAAACUUUAUCAGACCCAACUUCCCCGAUAAGUUCAAAUAUUUAGUAUUGAAUAUUGCUGACACCGCAACAGAAAAUAUCAUACAGCACUUCCAAAACGUCAAGACGUUCAUCGAUGAAGGGCUGAACUCUGGCGGACAGGUCCUUGUGCAUGGUAAUGCUGGCAUCUCGAGAUCUGCUGCACUAGUCUUGGCGUAUUUGAUGGAAACGUAUGGUCUUUCACAGAUACAGGCGUAUGCGAUAGUGCAACAAAGAAGAUUUUGCAUAAAUCCUAACGAAGGUUUCAUGACGCAAUUGAGGGAGUACGAGCCAAUAUAUCAGGCGCAGAAAACGCUAAGAAAUGGCCAACAGAGCUAUGUUAGAGAGCGUAGUAAAAGGACAAUUCAUCAGAUGGAUGAAGCGAUGACGGACAGUUGAUAAUGAUGAAUCUAUGAUUGAAGAAAGGAUGCCAAAGUUACCGAGAUAUGUGCGUUAGUAUCUUCAAUGAAGAAACGAGAUAGCACCGAACGAAUACCGAUAUGUUCAACACCUGACGUAUUCAUUCAAUGAGAUUUUAGUCUAUAACGUUCGACGACGAUUACUAACAAAAGCUACGUAACAUGAAAAGACGACACAAAUUAUACGAUUCAAUCAAUUAGACUGAUUAAAUACGCGGUUAGAUAAGUUAUUGUCAUUAUAUUACUCAACUUUUCUCACGUCAGAGCUGCCUGAAUCAAAAAAGCAAUUACUUUUAUUUAAUUU